GGGGGGAGGCAGCGAGAGAGUGCGACCUGCAAACUGCAACAAUGCAAUCUCCACUUUGAACAAUGCGCCUCUUUCCCCUCGCAUUUCCCCUCUGCUUAGGGGUCGGCGGGGUUGGCGGGAGAUCGGAGCAGGAUGCACACCACAUAAGUGAGCAAGCGGGGAGGGCAGAGGAGGUGAGGAAGGAGUCUGCAGCAACUGAGCUUCGUGGGUACCUGGAGUGCUGCUGUAGAGAAGAAGAUACAGAAAAUGAAAAUAAAAUUUGGUACUACAGCACAAAGGUCCAGCUUGCAGAAUUAAUUGACUGUCUAGAGAAAGAUUAUUGGGAAGUAGAACUCUGCAAAAUUCUGGAAGAAAUGCGUGAAGAAAUCCACCGACACAUGGACAUAACCGAAGACCUGACUGAUAAGGUUUGGGGCAGUAACAAAUCCUUUCUGGCGGCAGCUAAUGAAGAAAUUUUGGAAUCUAUAAGAGCCAAAAAGGCAGACACUGAUAAUGUUAAAAGCCCAGAAGAAAUAGAAAAAGACAAGAACGAGACUGAGGAUGACUCUAAAGAUGCUCAGAAAAGCAGAGAAUUCGAAGACCAGUCCCUUGAAAAAGACAGUGAAUACAAAACACCAGACAAUGACCCUGAGCAAGGAAAAUCUGAGGAGCCAACAGAAGUUGGGGAUAAAGGUAACUCUGUGUCAGCAAAUCUUGGCGACAACACAACAAAUGCAUCUUCAGAAGAGACUAGUGCCCCUGAAGGGAGGAGCCCCGUGGGGUGUCUCUCAGAAACCCCUGAUAGCAGCAACAUGGCAGAGAAGAAGGUGGCAUCUGAGCUCCCCCAGGAUGUGCCAGAACCUAACAAGACAUGUGAGAGCAGUAACACUAGUGCUACCACUACCUCCAUGCGGCCUGAUCUGGAAAACAGUAACAGCAAUGAACUAAAUUCUUCCCAGAGUGAAUCUGCUAAGGCAGCUGAUGAUCCUGAAAAUGAAGAAAGAGAAUCUCAUACACCUGUCUCUAUUCAGGAAGAGAUAGCGCUCUUUACCAAGGACCCGCCAACAUGGGCCGCGUUCGCACCAAAACCGUGAAGAAGGCGGCCCGGGUCAUCCUAGAGAAGUACUACACACGCCUGGGCAACGAUUUCCACACGAACAAGCACGUGUGCGAAGAGAUCGCCAUUAUCCCCAGCAAGAAGCUCCGCAACAAGAUAGCAGGCUAUGUCACCCAUCUGAUGAAGCGGAUUCAGAGAGGCCCUGUAAGAGGUAUCUCCAUCAAGCUGCAGGAGGAGGAGAGAGAAAGGAGAGACAAUUACGUUCCCGAGGUCUCAGCCCUGGAUCAGGAGAUAAUUGAAGUAGAUCCUGACACUAAGGAAAUGCUGAAGCUUUUGGACUUCAGCAGUCUGUCCAACCUGCAAGUCACUUAGCCUACAGUUGGGAUGAAUUUCAAAACGCCUCGGGGACCUGUUUGAAUUUUUUCUGCAGUGCUAUAUUAUUUUCAAUAAAUCUGGGACAA